GAAAUCAAUAUCUGAAAAGUACGUGUUGUAAAAUGUCAAAUGAUAUACAUAGGGGGCAGAAAAUUGAUGCCCCACAGAGGACGCAUUCUGUGUCCAUCAGUGGCACUGAUACCGAUGGGCACCGCUACGCCUCAACAGAGACUAUGUGGCAGCAUGUACUUCAAGGGGAUCUUUAUGACUCUAGUGAGGGCUGGUAUGGUAAGUCAUUGGAAUACUGGAAAAAGACCCCUGCAACAUUGGAUGGGGUUCUGGGCGGUCUUCCAGGCGUUCACGACGUUGAUAUUAAGGAGUCAGGCGACUUUAUUGCAGCGCUUCCUCACCACGGUACAAAACGUGCGAUUGACUGCGGGGCCGGUAUCGGUCGCAUUGCCAAGCAUCUCCUUUGUAGGCUUUACGAGGUAACAGAUCUGUUGGAGCCAGUUGAACAUAUGUUAGAGCAGGCCAAGAAAGAACUAGAUGGUAUGCCUGUGGGAGAUUUUAUUUUAUCUUCAAUGGAAAAAGCUUCUUUGCCACCACAUACGUAUGAUUUGAUUGUUAUCCAGUGGACUGCAAUAUAUCUAACUGAUGAUGAUUUCAUCAAGUUCUUUCGUAGCUGCAAACAUGCACUCACUUCAAGCGGUUACAUUUUCUUCAAGGAAAAUUGCCUUACUAAAAGUGCUUUUCUUGUGGACAAUCAGGACAACAGUUUGACCCGAUCCGAUUUUCAUUACAAACAGUUGUUUGCGAAGGCUGGUGUGCGGGUCGUGAAAGAGUGUUUUCAAAAAGAAUGGCCUCAAGAUUUAUUACCAGUGAAAAUGUACGGUUUGAGAUAAAUGGGAAAAUGAUCUGAUGAGAGAUGCAAUUGUGUUUGUACUUUCUCCAUUACAGGGUAGAGGAUCCUUAGCGUUGCGAAAGUUUGUAAGAUCGUGUAAAAGUGCAUUAAAUAUAAAUGUGGGGUAGUACUGUGCAGGAAACACU